AUGGCGACUAUACUUCCGCGACGGGCUGGCUUCAUCUGUCAUACGUGUCGAAGAUCACUUGCUCCGAAGACCAGUCGAUCACAAGUUAGAUCGCCACAUCAACCUGCCUCAAAGCAACAGGUCCUGCCAAAACAUCGCAAACCUAAUCCUCAGCCCGUUAAACCCCGAUGUGCUGUGACGAGUAAAGCAUCAGCGCCCAAAAAGUCUGUGCCUCCUGAGAGCACUCUGACAGAUCCCCAAGACGAUGAAAUUGCUCUCGACACGUUCGAUCCUACGGAAGGCCUCAAAAAGCUUAGAGAAAGAGUUGCGCAAAUAACCUCGCAAGAGAUUGCUGCUCCUCCAGAAGAUAUUCUCGAAGUCCUCCAUGCCUGCUACCGUUUCGCGAAUUGUAUUGUCUUUGGUAUCAGUAAGGGACCAAAUGAAGUACCGGAACGCGCAGGGGAGGAUUGGGCGGAGGCCGUACUUCAAGAUCUCGCUGAAGAUAAGUCGAAACUGGAUCCGGUAUUCGUGCCGGACAAGGAGAUGUCAAUACCAUUCCGUGAAAAGGCCGCAGGAAUGAUCUCUGAACUUGUCUAUACGCUAGUUCAACAUCCAAAAGUGUUCAUUUCCAAUGACGUGCUGAGCAUGUACGUCCGCAUUCAAUGUUUGCUUGGAAAGCCCGAGUAUCUUCCGGAAAUAUUUGAUCUGUUCGCGACCAAAAAGAUUCCCAACCAAACCGCCCAACCUGUGACAUACUCAGACCCAUGGCCGAAACUACCAAAAUACGCCAUUCCUUUUGAUCUGGCAGAGGCCGCGUUGGAAGCAGCCAUUCUCAAGAAAAACCUUCCCUUAGCUUUAGCAAUCAUCGACACGACGGUGGCAGCACCAGCUUUUCGAGCAAACAAGGUUCUCCGGCGCGCUUCUAUUCCGUUCUUAUUCGUUACUGGAACGCCUGCGGCCGCCUAUGCAGGUGCAGAUUGGGUUGCUCGAUGGCAGACGACCAUGGAUAUGGAGAUGUCAAAAUACACGGCAAUCGCUGGAGCGUUGGCUUAUAUUGGGACUCUAACGACGAUUGGCUUUGUGGCGAUAACCACGACCAACGAUCAAAUGCAGCGCGUUGUCUGGCGCCCCGGGACACCAUUGACUUCUCGAUGGACUAGGGAGGAGGAGCGGGCAUUUUUGGACCGACUCGCGCUGGCCUGGGGAUAUAAAGAAAAAUACCGAUGGGGUGAAGAACACGGCCAAGACUGGCAGACACUCAAGGAUGAGUGUGGCUUGAGGAGCAUGAUUCUUGACAAGACGGAUUUAAUGGAGGGGAUGCAGUAA